GUUUAUCAGUCUUGAAAAUCAGUGCAGCGCCUCUCAAAUUCCAGUAUGCUGCAUUUAUCUGGGUUAAUAGGCGGAUGGAGAAAAAAACAGUGAUUAUACUUCAUAGCAUUGCAGUUCACUUCGCGCGGCAUGAUCGGUAUGCGUGUUGCUGGGCCUGUAACGUGAACCAGUUCUUGAGCGCGAGAGCCGCAAGAACAGGUGAUCUUGGAGCUUUCAAAGCUGACAUCGCUUGAGAUUCUAGUUAUUUGCUUUUACAACGUCAACGAUGCUUAUGGUUGCGAUAUUUUGUUGUUCUCCGUCUACUGGAACUCCCUUUUAGAUACAAACAGGUAGGAGAACAGAAAGUGUACACGAAUGUUAAAGUGUCAUUACUGGUAUUCUGACAAUAUGGACAGCUUUUUUUAUUAUAUGAGUGAGUGCAAAAGUGUUUAUCUAUAUUUCUUAUGUGCUGUUCAUUACUUUUAUGUUUGGGCUGGUGUUUCAUUAGGGCUCACUGUAUUUAUGACUGCCUUAACCUUUUUAUAUUUGUUUUGUAUUAUCACUGAAGGUGUGCUGAAACUGAACUGAUAGUGUGUAGUGUAUACUUUUCUCAGUUUCCUUACUAAACAUACUAUGACAUUUCUACAUUUCACAUGAAGACAGCAGUCUGAGAGGAUUGAAAUACAUCAAGCAUUGGAAACAGUGUCCUGCAGUGUGACAUGCUAUAUUACACCUUACUCUUUUGUAAUUAUUAUGCAUUUUUUUAGGAAUAUUUUGAAUAUGAAAACAAACAUGUUCGAAUAUCUGUGUUUCUGAAAAUUCAUUUGUAACAGCAGGACUGUUUAAAGGAAUAUUCCGGGUUCAGUACGUUAGGCUCAGUUGACAGCAUUUGUGGCAUAAUAUAUAUUACCACAAAAAUUUAUUUUGUCGUGUCCCUCCUUUUCUUUACAAAAAAAUAAAUAAAAAUCUGGUUUCCAGUGAGGCAUUUACUACUGAAGUAAAUGGGAGCCAAUCCUUAAACAUUAUAAUGCUAAAAGUAUAGCCACAAGACAUAAACAAUAUACUAUGUGUUAACAUGAUUUUAGUGUGAUAAAAUCGCUUACUAACCUUUUCUGUGUAAAGUUAUUGCCAAUUUUACAACUUCGUUGCCAUUAAAAGGCAUAAAUCCUAAAAUAACUGUAAAAACUGUGAUUUAAACAACUUUACAGCUUAAAUAAAACAUUAGUUUGAACAAGAAUUAAUAUGUGCUUUUAUAAAAAUUUAAGCUUCACAUUUCUGCCUUUAAACCCUCCAAAAAUAGGUCCCAUUCACUUCCAUUGUAACUCACUGGAACCUUAUUUUUACUUUUUUUAGAAAAGGAGGAUCUAUUCGAAAUUAUUUUCUGUGGUAAUCAGCAUUAUGCAACAUUCCUUUAAGUGAACUGCAAAAAAGACAAAAGGUGAUUCAAAAUGGUUAAAAUUUUGGUGUCCAGUUACAGUACCUCAAUAAUACACUUCGCCUUAUCAGGGUUCCCAAUGUCAUGCAGAACUUUCAAAAUUGUGUUUUUCAGACAAAGAAAAAACAAACAAACAAAUGAAUGGAAAGUAAUGAAAUCCUAAAAAGUCAUGGACAUUUCUACACUGACGAUAUAUUUUUAAAUUAAUGUUCCGCUUAAAAAUAGUGCCUCGAAAUUGCUCUUUCUGAGGCAAUCUCUAUAAAAUAAUUUUUAAAAGUGCUUUGAAGUAAUAACAAUUGACUGGAAAAGUCAUGGAAUAUCAUUAGUUAAAAAAGUGUGGGAACUCUUUAACUAAUAAAUCUAAAGUUCAUGUUGUUUGUCAACACCUUUAAAUCAUGGAUACUUCCGGAUAAUGUGAAAUGGCUUUUGCCAUUGUAAAACUUUGAGUAACUCUCUCUGACUAUAAAGUUGCCUAGUUAUUUCCUGACCACAUGGGGCUUUUGUUUACUGCAGUUGCAGCUGAGGAUGUUGGUAAAUGUGUUGUGCACUCCUGUUCACUUUUAAUCUGGUGCCAGCCAAUCAGCUUCAACCUAAGCACUUCCUUCCCAGUGGCUAGUGCAGUCAAUUUGUGUAUUCAUCAAUGUUUGUGUGUGUGUGUGUGAGAGAGAGACCGUGUAUCCGCAGUGGUCCUAUUCGGAUCCCCACUGCUAAAAUCCCACCUCCCCCCUGGCUCAGUACACCCAUCUGACCCACCCAUCCCCCCUCGCUCACACACCCUUGCCACAUUAGGCCCUGCAGUGUGACUCAGUGAACAAACCCACACAAGUCUGAGAGUAUGUGCAAGGCUUUCCUCAGCUGUACACCUCACUUUUCCAGCACAAGGAAGGGAGACCCAGGGUUAGUCUACCUCAGUCUUUAAAGACAUCCCCACUAUGGCGAAUUCCCUGAAGGCGAAUGUGCCUCCAACCGGGAGAGUGACAGCAGAGGAGGAGAUAGCCGGGGAGAUCGGCGAGCAGACAGGAGGUAAAGCGAUGGAUGACACUUUGGAAGAGCCUACAGAGGAGGAGGAGCAUGAAGAGGAGAGAAAGGCACGGGCUGCUGCAGAGGAGGCAACAUCCAGAGACAGGGCAGCUCAGAGGCAGUUCAUGGCCAUCGAGGAGAUGGUGCAAACAGAGCGAAACUACCUUAAACAUCUGCAGCUCUGCACGGUCACCAUCCACAACAACCUGCAGAAACUACAGCCGCCUCCACCAAACCUGGACAAUAUGUUUCAGCACAUAGAUGAAGUCAUGGAUGUUUCCAGCAGACUACUGAGCCUUCUAGACCAGUCACAGAUACUGCACAUCAACCCAAAAUUCCUAGAAACACUCUGUGACUCUUUCCUGAGUCUGUCUCAAGACAUAGAGAUGGCUUAUAAGGAGUACCUGGCCAACUACAAUAACAUCACCGCUCUUGAGAACAGCUACAAACAGAAAGAGACCCUCUGGCUUGAGAUGGUUAAAAUCAUCAAGUCAUCUGCUCCUGAUGUGAAUGCAUCCACUCUGAGUUUCUUCCUGGUUAUGCCAGUUCAGAGAAUCGCCCGUUACCCCCUUCUGCUCCAGACCAUUCAGAAACAUACAGACCCACAGCACCCUGCCUACUCCACACUGGAGCACACCGUGCACACUGCGGUCCAGAUCAACUGUAGGAUCAAUGAAUACAAACGCUUCCGUGAAGUGGCUGACAAGUAUAAGAAGACAGAGAACCUGACCAUCAAGGACAAGAUCAAUCGUCUGAGUGGCCACAGCAUUGCCAAGAAGACAGCUCGGCUAAGCCAGUACAUAAAGCAUGAGACAGGAAUGGUACCAAAGCUGAAGGAUGAAGGAUUUGACACCCUUGCCGGCUUCUUCUUUGUGCUUGAGAGGGGCGUCUCAGAGCUCCAUGAUAACAUGAAGGCCUAUCUCCACCAUUUACAGAGAUUCCUCAGCUGCAGACCAGAAGAAGCUGAUCUUGAUCUGGAAGGCGAGAAAGCUGCUCUGUUCUCUAAAGAAAUCACAGUGGCACUCAGACAGUGGAUAUAUCCUGCAUAUGAAAAGCGUUUGAAAACUUUAGUCUUUAAGCCCUUGAGCUCAUUGCGGGAGCUGAUGGCAGGACCACGAAACCUAAUUCGCAAGCGUCAGGACAAGUUACUAGACUAUGAGCUGAUUGAGGAGAAGAGCAACCUGAACUUUGAGGAACAAGCCAUAGCCAACACCUACAAGACCAUGAACACACUGCUGUUGACUGAGCUACCGCAGUUCAAUGGGAAAGCCCUGCAGCUCCUGUGGGCUACGCUAGAGGCCUUCAGCUGUCUGCAGAGAGACCUGGCAGCUGAUAUGGAACAGCUGGCUACCAGCUUUACCCAUCAGCUCCCACACAGUAAUUUGGAAGCUGGUGAGUUUUGGAAGUGGGCGGAGUGUUUAGUGCUGGAAGGUUCGAGGAGGUUGGAGAGUCUGUGUCAGAGUGCUCAAGAUGAUCUCAAUGCUCCCAUUGUGCAGGCACUCAGUCCAGGGUCUGAACGGCGUCUGAAGACUCUGACUGCCAAGCACGGCUCGGAGAAGAUCUACCAGCUGACAGGCCCAGUGGUGGGCACUCGUGACCUGGACCUGACCCUCAGCAAGGGAGAGCUGGUAGCUGUUGUCAGUGAGAUGGACACACGUGGAGAACGUCGCCGCUGGCUGGUGGAUGCAGGAGGACCCAGAGGAUAUGUGCCUGCCUCAAAGCUGACUCGCUACCACCAGGUGACUGUAGACCUGCCUCCAUCUCCUCAUCUAAAUGUCACACCCACCGGUCCUGGACCCCGAAGACACUCCUAUACACCCGGAGCCCAGCCACUCUUAACCAUCAUGACCACACCCUGUUUUCAGGUGUACGCAGGCUACGACUUCACCGCGAGGAGCAGUCACGAGCUCUCUCUGAGGGCCGGAGAGCCUGUGAGGGUGGUGGAACCUCACGAUAAGCGUGGAAGCAAGGAAUGGAGUCUAGUGGAGGCGCGGGGCCAGAGAGGCUACGUCCCCUCCAACUACCUUGCCGUCCUGCCAUCUGUAAUCGCAUCACCCACCUUUCCUUAUUGCUAAUGGGCAUUACCGUGUAUAUAAAACCUCCUCUGCUGCUGAUACUUAAUUUGGUAGCUAGCAUCCAAACACACAGACCAUGAGAACCACUCUCACUGAAGAGCUCUUCAUACAUUAGGGGGUGGAUGGCUGCUGUUUGAUGCUUCAUUUGACUGGUGUAUGGACUUGAGUGCUGUGGAGUGGUUGCCCAUAUACUUGAUCUGCGCUUUGCCUGGCGCUGUUACCAGAGGAGAUUGUUUUAUCCAAUGAGGAAAGAGCUGUAGGGGCACAUGCUGUUGUGUGGAUAGCACAUGGACCGUGUUGGAGUGUGCAGUUACUUAUGAUGAACAGACACUCAUUAAUGGGUGUUAAACCACUUGGAUCCGCUACUCAGAUGUACACUGGAACGGUUCUUUGGGCUGCCCUGGGAUUACAUUUUUUUUUUUUUUUUUUUAAAUGUAUGCUAGACUUUGUUCUACUUAACUGCUCCACUGUCAUACCAAUGAAGGAGUUGAGAAAUUAAUGCUUAACUGCUGAAAAUGGAGUCUGCAUUAGAUUUCAGCCCACUUUAUAUUAAUGGUUAAUAUUCAAAAAAGGAUUAGCCACUAUGAAUGCUUUUAUUAAUACUUGAUGGACACUUUUUAACUGUUUUAAAUGUCAAUUAUAUAAAGGCCCUAAAGGGUAUUUAGACACUUAAAGGGAUAGUUCGCCCAUUUGAUCACCCUCAUGUUGUUCCAAACACAUGACUUUAGAGAUGUUUGGCAGAAUGUUCAGUCUCGGUCACUAUUCGCUUUCAUUGUAUGGAGAAAAGAUGCAAGAAAAGUGAAUGCCGACUGAGGCUGUCAUUCUAACAUCUUUUGUGUUCCACGUAAGAAAGAAAGUCAUGGGUUUGCAACAACAUGAGGGUGAGUAUAUGUGACAGAGUUUUCAUUUUUGGGUGAACUAUCCCUUUAAGCCACACUUACAAAUGUACAUGUAUGUCAUCGAAUUAGAUAGCAAAAUAUCAAACCAGGUGUACUUUAUUUUAAAGGGGUCAUUAAUUUCCCUUGAUCUUUUGACAUAUAAGAGGUCAGUGUACUAUAAAAACGUACUGUAUGUUUCAGAACUCAGAACUUCAUUUGCAUUUUUUUAAACCAAGCUGCCAAAACUACCCGUUCUCUACUUCCUCCACAUUGUGAUGUCAUAUUGUGGUAGACAUUUGCAUCUGACCUCCUCACAUCAAUGAUCAUGCUUUACAAAUAUAUGACAGAUAUUUUUUUUCCUGUGUGUAUGCAAAAAAGUGAACAUCAAGAAACAUAUUAAAAUAAUAAAAAUAGACGUCCUGACCCUUUUAAAGAAAUAACACAAGCACGCUUCAUUUCAGCAAAACAUUUCAGAAAAAAGUUUUUUUAGACUUUUUUUUUUUUUUAUUAUUAUGAAAUAGAAAAUAGAUCAAAAUAAAGAUUCUUUUUUUGAGCAGGACUUUUUAAAAUGUCAUACAUCCACCAAAAAAAAAAACUUGGGACCAGUUGCUUAAAAGUAAUUGCUAGAAUGGAAGUGAAGUGAAUUGAAGUUCGUUUUGAGAUAAAGUCUUGCAUCGUUUCUUGAAGAUGCAACUUGGUUUGAUAUUUUGCUAUAAAGUGCAAUGACAUUCAUAAAUUUUCAAGUGUGGCUUAAGUUUCCAAAUACUUUUUGGGGCCAUUGGAUAUUGAAGACACCAUAAUGAUGUGGAAUCAUUAAGCUAUUCUUAUUGCUUACAUGCUGACUCGGUUCAGGCUGAUGCAUUGUUCUUGUGUUGGUGACCUCAUAACCUCUAUAGUGAAAGACUUGGCCCACAUUUAAAGGUGCUGUAAGCGAUGUUAGCUGUUCUAGAACUUCCACGAGACUUAGCCGUUGAAUUAGACACGCACACACAGAUAUGCUUGGAGACAUAAUUAGAGAUGGAGCUGUAGAGCAACUCAAUUUCACAAAAAAAUAAAUAAAUAAUGCAAUUUGAUCUCAGCGAGUCCAAACAGUUACACUGACCUUGUCAAAAGCAGCUCUCAAACUAAUGCUCUCAGUUUCCUUUUGCCCAUAUAUGGGCUGCCCUGUGAACAUGCAGAUUGAUUGAAAGGCAGAAAGGGCUUCAAAAUCUUCUGAUUGGCUAAACAAAGAAUCUGACUGUGGUCAUUUUUUACCCCCCCCCCCCCCCCAGCUGUUUACAGAGCCUAGGGCCAGUACAGAGACAGGUGUGAUAUUUCAUGACAUCUAUUUCAGUUAUAUCUGACAGGUAAUAGGGAUGUUUUCUGCAUGUGAUUUCAUAAGAAAAUCAUUUACAGCACCUUUAAAGAUUCAGCUGCAGAUGAGUCUCAGUUGCUGCAGUGCCUGUCAUUAUAAACAGUCUGGCUGCAGUUCAAUCUGCUCCCCACUAGAGGCAUCAGAGCAUCUUGUGUGGAGCCUGACAUCUUUACCUUAGUCAGUGUUGGGCUAAUCCGCCCCAAACAGAGUCAUAUAUUAUUCAUCUGAUCCUCGAAAUUGCCUUAACAGGGAUCCAGGGAGAGGCGGUUCACCUCAUCCUAUUGCUGUCCUCCUGGUGAUUCUAGCCCAUGCAUUUGACAUCAUCUGUACAUAACUUUUAAAGAGAUAUUUAUUGUUAUUUAUUUCACAUGUCUCAUCAGCAUACCAACUCUUAAUAUUAAUUUUAUGAUUUAAUCUCAUUAAAUCACUAUACCUGCUCAAAUCCCUCUCAUAUGUAAAAUUUCUGCAUUUUAAAGAGGCUUUGGAUGAAGUCUUACGACUGACCUCUGAGUGCUGUAUUUAUGCCCAGCAGAUUCUAACCGUAAUGUGAACAAAGCUAAAUAUGUGUCUGCUGCAGAGGUUUAUUUUGAAAGAAUGCAUUAGGUUUUUUUUAUUUUAUUUUGGAGGCUGCGUUUUGCCCAAGCGCAGCUAUUCCUCUGAGGCUGGGUAAAUGUCAUGGCAGGGUUGAUGAUGACUGUGUUUUUUUGUGCUGCAGGGAGAGCAGGGAUGCUGCGGUCCACAGUGCGUGAGCGCCGCCUGUCAGUCGCACCUCCCUUUUCUUAAGAGCUGGUUGCCAGCAGAGCUUUGAUGCACUGAACCCAUACAGCUACCGC